AUGGCGAUGAACAAAAAUAAUAAUGCCAAUAACGGUUUGACUUUAAUUUACCUUGUGGAAGGAUGCUUAACCAUGAUAAAAUCACAUCAAGAGAGAAACGACUUCAGGUACGAUUGGAUAAUCCGAACUCGAGUAGAUGGGUAUUGGAAUGCUCCAUUGAGACCUAAAAACUUUGUUCCGAGUCAGUACUUGAUUCCAUCCGGAUCCUCAUAUGGUGCACUCAACGAUCGUUUAGAAUUGGGAGACCUCAUAACUUCAACGGUGGCCUUGUCUCGACUAUCUCUCAUUCCUGCUUUAGACUCUGCUGAUUUCACCGAGCUCAACUCAGAAGCGACCUUCAAAGCCCAACUCGCCACGAAAAAGGUGAGCUACCACAAACCGCCUCCCUUUUGCAUCGUCUAGGACCAGAGCUACGAUUUCUCGCCGGGCUCGUACGCCGUGCCGGUGGCGGCGCUGUCGAGCCCCGGUCCGCUGAGCGGAGCAAAGCGCCGACCGACGUGCAAGCUGGUUUGUACAGGCGCGUGCGUGGAUAAGGUGAUGGCGGUUGUUGAGAAGGGGUGGAGCUGGACCGAUUGGGGCGGCGGGGAACUUGAGCUUUGCAAUGCUCAUGAAAGCUGGGAAAACGGCUGGGAGAAUAUUUUUGAUAGAGUUACUAGAAAGAAAUUUGCGGCGAUUAGGAAGCAGGUUCAUUCUAUGAAAUUUGAUGAUUGCGUUAACAAUUUCAACGAGUUCAAAAAACAUGCUGCAUAUUGGGAUGCACCUUCUGUAGAAGAAAUUUGUACAUUAGGUUUGAAACGAACUUAG